CUUACUACUUAGUAUUCAAUAUCCAUGUUAUUACUGUUACCUAUUAAAUAUUUAUUCAUUCAAUUUAUUUCUUAAGUGUAGUGUUUACCAAAAAAAUAAUGACUAUUAUCUCAUGUAACCAAUAUUAAAAUAAAGUAAUCGAACAAUAAUAAUUUGUACAGUCAUGAAAUUAAAUGUUUAAUUGUUCUAAAAAGUAAAAUUAUGCCAUCAUUCAGACAAAAGUUUUCUGGAUUUUUUAGACAAUUCUCUGCACCGUCAGAAUCAAGAAAUGAUGAGAACGCUUCAAAUCGCUUUAUUAAAAAGUAUCUCAGCGGGUAAAUAUAUGUACACAUAACAUUUUUAGUAUACCUAAAGUACUAAAUACUAACAUUAAUUUCAGUCAUGAAAUCCAAAAAUAUGAACCUGUUAUAUUACAUGGAAGAACACCGCAGGAAGUACCACCUCAACAAUUAGGUAUCAUUCAAAAUUAUGAAGUGGUUUCAUCUUUGACAGGGCCUCACGGUGGCCUUGUGUCUGUUAACCAAACAGAAAAACACCUAUCAGCAAGUGAUCCAGAAAUUAAUUUUAUUGAUAAUCUAGAAGACGAAUGUGGUAUACCAUUUACAAUAAUUUAAUUUAAAUUAUUUUGUAUUUUAUGUUAGAUUUAAAUAAUAUAGUUUUAUUUUUAGAUGAUGGGGAAAAAAAAGUUAGUUCGUCAACUAAUGAUAUAAUUGACGGAACUUUGAAUGUAGAAUCUAAACCAAAUAUCUUAAAAAAGCUUAGUAAGUUUUAAUAAAGUUCUAUUGGAUGUUAUAAUUGUAUUAAUAGUCUCUAAAAUGUAUAGGGCGUCCAUUGAUAGCUGGUGUUGAAAACUGGAAUAUUCCACACAUAAAUGGGUUUGGUGCUAGUUGUUCCUUAUACGAAGUGCAUCCUAUAACACAUCGUCAUACUGGUGAUCCGAUUGCUGAUUGUUUCGCUAUUAUCACCAGAGUAAAUUCUGCUAUUAUGGUAUUAGCUGAUGGUGUUAAUUGGGGUGUUAAGUCAAGAACAGCAGCUAGAUCUGCUGUGCAUGGUUGUGUUGAUUAUUUAAAUAAAACAUUAUUUCCAACAAAUAAGGAAACACAUAAAAACACUACAGUAAGUAAAUACAAUUUGUUUAUUGUUUAAAAUCGUUAAUUUUGUAUUUCUAUUAUUUUCACUAAAAAAUAAAAAUAAAUUAUUAUGUUAGGUUACAUUUAAUACUUUUUAAACUGAUUACAAAAUAUAUUGUAUGGCAAUAUAAAUAACAUACAAAUCAUAAAAAAAACCUUUUUUAUUAUUAUAGGAUGUUCUCGUAACGUUAUUGAGAUCAUUCCAUGCUGCACAUAAUAUGAUAUUACAAGAAGAAGGAACUUUGACUACCCUUACAGCAAUUGUUGUACUUCCAUCUACUGUCGAUAAUCAUUAUGUAGCUUGUUGUUGUAAUGUUGGUGAUAGUUUGGGAUAUGUAUACAGUCCUAAAUAUGGUGUACGAGAACUUACCCAAGGUUCACACGAUGUUCAUAGAAUGAGAGACAUGAGAGAUGUAAUGGGAGCUCUAGGUCCUGUAGAUGGACAUAACCCGGAAUUGUCAAAUUUAACAUUGUCAAUAACACAAGUCGAUUUAGAUGAUAUUGUAUUUAUUACUUCUGAUGGUGUAUCAGAUAAUUUAGAUCCUGUUGUCGGACAUUUUACUGGUAUGUAUAUUAUAUUCUUAGCUUUUUUUUAAAUUAGGGGGGUUCUAAGUGAAUGGAUUUUCUUCCAUUUUGACCAAUAAGCAAGAAAAAAGUAAACAUACUUAUUGAAGUCUAAUUUUAAUUUUGUAAAAUAAUUUAAAUUUAUAACUUCUCUCUGUUUUGUAAGAAAAACAUUUUUAACCUUUGUCUUAUUAACUCUAAGUCAAGUUCAUUUUGAGAAAUAAAGUAAAUUAGUUUGUUAUCAUACUACACAAUUUAUUGAAAAUUAAUUUCCUAAAGAAUAUAGAUAAAAGGCCAACGAGUUCAAAAUAUUUUUCAUAAUUAAAAUUGGGAUCCUAGAAGUAAGUUUAUUUUUCUUUUACUUUCGGCAUUAUUCAUUGUCACAUAAGUAGACAAAUAUUUGUAAGUGUGCGUUUGAUAACUUGAUAUCACGUCCUGCAGUCUGGGGAUUAAAAUCUAUUGUUAUGAAUAAUCUAAGACCUUGGUGAAUACCUAGACAUAAAAUACAAUAUUAUCGACUAAACUUUUUAUUUUCAUGCAAGUACUAUCCGUAAUAUAAAAACAUGGAAUAAUUAAAUUUAUAUUUGUAUGUCCAACUCUUUAUUUACUAUUUUCUUUAACCAUUACAAACCAAUACGUAGAACUACACUCAGAAUUUAAAAUAAGUUAUUGUUGUGUUAUUUUUAUUCAGAACAAUUAUUGUAUAAAACCUUACUCUCAAUAUCUAGUUAUUGUAUAAAAUAUUAAAAUGUACUUAUUCAAAUAUUUCGAAUAUUUUUAAUUAAUUUCUUCAUUAUACAAAUAUUUUUUUUAUAACUUCGUUUGUACAUUCAGAAUGAAACAAAGAAUGUAUAUAUUUUAGUAUCUGUGAUGAAAACGCCAUUUUAUUUUUAUAAUAAUAGACGACAAAUUUGAACACUUAGUCAAAGACUUUUAUUUGUAAAGUACUGACCAUUCAAUAACAGUAGGAACAGAACAUAAUAAAAAUCCCACAGGUAUAUAAAACUAGUUUUAUGUUUACACUAAUUAUUGAAUUAUUAUGAAUAUACUCAAAAACAAUGCGAAAAAAUGUGACCUACUAUUAUAGUACCUGAUACUAUGAUGGCGCGGUGGGUGGUAGUACACAGGUAAACCGCACUCAACGCUAAUGAUCAUUUACGAAUAGAAAUUGCCUAAAUUCUGCCCCUUAAACAAUAGCUACUAAGAGCCAUCUGAAGGUCUAGAUUUUCCCUGCAUCGUUCAAACGCAUAAUUUGUGUACGUCUAGACGCAACGUUCGUCCGUUUUCUCUGCAUGCGUCUCGGCGUAGUCGUUUUUGUUUCUUCGAUCAACAGCGUUCACUGAAAUUCUAGUGCUUUGCGCAAUUGUGAUCUAAUAUACACGUGUUUUAGAGCCAAUAAGCUUAUGGUUUCAUAAAGAUAUUUAUUUAUUUUUUAUCUGUUCACAACUUUUCUACUAGAAGACUUGCUCGGAUUUCUGAGUGUAGCACCUUUUCUGAAAAGAAUGCAGUGUGGGGAGGUACUUUGAAAAAAGUAUUUCGUUUUUCUCAAGAGUUUUCUCAUAAAAUUUGAAAAACCGAAAAAAAACGGGAAAAUGUACGAAAUACAUUACUAAAAUAUUACUAUUUUUUUCCUGUGCACAACUUUUCGACCAGCAAUUUUGUUCCAACUUUUAAUGAUAGCAAUGUUUCUAAGAGGAAAUUUCACUAGGGAGGUACUUUAAAGAGGUCAUUUUUCGAUUUUCUCUGGAGUCUUUUUAGCAGUUAUGAAAAACCGGUAUAAAACACGGGAAAAACUUAGGGAAAUAGGGAAAAUCGAUACGUCAUAAAACACAUAUUAUUAAAGAAAAUAUAUAAAGCCCAUUUAAUUAUUUUACUAUAAUAUGGCAUAUAUAUUGUUGACAAAGCAUCACUAUAAACUGAACUCCACUCAGAACCGUUUUUUCGUAAGUAAUGGUUUAUCAUAGAGAUUUGACAAAAUAUUUGUAUAAUUGCGUGACUAGGUAUUAAUCUUAAAUUGUAAUGUCAUAUAUAAGUAUAAAUACAAAAACGGCUAGGCAGUAUCUAUUUAAAAUACUAUUCAAUUAACAAAAUCCAAUUAAUAUUUCAUCCUCGGUUGAUGAAAACCCACAUGUUUCGACAUUUUUAAUGUGUAAACGCAGGAUAACUACGCAGCACUGAUGCGCUACGUUGACGCGAGUUGGAAACGAUCACAUAUAAAAUGCGUACCUUAAAACGCAAUACCGGCAUGGUCCCCGCCUUACAAACAUGCAAACAUAAAAGAAAAUUUGCGUUUAGGGCAAAUUUUGUGCUGUUAAUUUUAAUCUUAAAGCGAAUUAACGUAUUACCAAACUUAAAGGUUGGGUUAUCAUUUUUGAAUUAAGAUAUUUCACAUAUUCAUAUCUCGCUUAAAAGUUUGAACAUAGAAAAAACAUCAAUACCAGUGAGUUUUUGCCAGACUUACCUAACCUAACCCAGUGCACAUACAUGUAUUUGAGUUUGGUAUGUACAGGGCGGAAAUUAAAUUAAAUUAGUUAAUGGAAAUUAAAAAUUUCAAUACCAAAAUAUAUUUUAACUAAAACAUCAUCUAUUGAGAGAAUUUAUAAUGUAAGGUACAAUUCAAAAAUCAAAAAUAGUAGUUUGAAUAAUGAUUUUAGUUUCACAGUUUGGGUUUCACUUUAACAUAUUAUGUUCUUAAUUAAAAAUAUAACUGAACAUAACUUUAGGAUUUUGUUUUUACAACAAUAUAUGCAAUUUUACUAAAAUAUAUAUAUUUGUUAGGACUUCCUAAUGUUGAAGCAUAUCAAAGACAUAAGCUAUCUCUCCUCAGAACAGAAGAUUUGAUUCGGAACGGAGUAUCUGGCAAAGGUCCUGCAGUAAAUACCGCUAAAGACUUGGUGACUUUAUUGUUAGAUUUUGUAACUAGAUUAACUGCAGCUAAACGUCGUAUAUUAGAAGAUAUGGAAAUAUAUGCUGAUGCUAAUGGAAAACCUUUGGCUCAAGGAGAAGUCAGACAAAAAAGAAAAGAAAUUAUUAGAAAAACAUUUGGAGUGCCAGGAAAGUUAGAUCAUGCUACUGUAGUUGCUUACAAAGUAAAUUCAGAAAAAUAAAAAUUAAUUAAGGACAUAAAAUAUAUUUUUAUAAUUUUUUUACAUGUUGGUUUAUUUUAAUAAUUUGUUAUUUUUUUAUUGAGAAAUUAGUUGUACAAAUUGAAUAUUAGGUACUCGAUGCAAUUAUUGUUGUAAAUACCAAUUACCAUUGUAUAAUAGAAAUAUUUAAGCAAUUUUUAUACAUAAACACUCAAAUUAUAUUAUUGAAACAACUUAAGUAUGAUGUGAACCAUCUGUGUUUAGUAAGUACUUAUGUUUCAUCUUUAUUUAAAUUUAGUGAUUUAUUUAUCAAAUAUCUGUUAGUGCAAUAUUGUUUCCGUCCAUUGGUAGAUUGUUAAAGAUAACUAAUAAACUAAAAUUUAAUAAAUAAUGUGCUAUAUAAUAUUAUAACAAUCAUAUUUUUAGUUGAAAAAAAACCAUUAUGAAUUAUGUCACAUUUUAUUAUUGUUUAAAAUAUUUAUAAUUUCAUUAUACCUACUAAGACAAUUUAUUGAUAUUUUAUGUUAUUAGAAAACUAUGAAACAAUUUUUAUGUAUCAGUCUAAAGUAAAUAAUUAGGCCUACAAAUAAUAUUAUAUUCUAUUACUAUAACAUGUACAUGUUAUAUAAUAUGUAUUAAUGUCAUAUAACCAAUAUUCUUUUAUUUUUUCUACAUUGCUUAAAAGUGUAAUUUUUUUUUUUUUAAUAAAUUUAUAAAAAUUACACAAAACAA